AUGGUGUGGCUGCCGAGCUCCGACCCGCUUUGGAAGACCCUGCGCGGCAUCGCGGCCGCCCACGCCUUCUCCCCACGCGCCCUCGCCGCGGCGCGCGGCGUCCGCGAGCGCAAGUUGCGCGACAUGGUGCGCCACUUCCGCGGCCGCGCCGGGAGGGAGGUGUACGUCGGCCAGGCCUUGUACGCCGGCGUGCUCAACCUCGUGUCGAGCGCGCUCUGCUCCAUCGACAUGGUCGACAUGGGCGCCACCGACUCGGGGCAGGGCGUGCGGGAGCUCGUCGAGGACCUCAUCGCGGCGAUCGCCAAGCCCAACGUCUCUGACCUCGUCCCUUUCCUCCGGCGGCUCGACUUGCAAAGGUGGCGUCGCUGCUCGACAAGCGGCCCCGACUUGUGUCAAAGACAUGCAGUUGCAGUCGGGGCGACACUUCCAGCUGUGGCCUAG